CUCUUUCUCUCUCCCUCUCUCUCACAUUGUGUCCACAGCCUUGGAGAGUGUUGCUUAUUCGACAUUUCUCUCUCAAACUCCAACCAGCUCUGUUCUCAUCUGAAAGCCGAGAGAAGAGAAGAGAGGAGAACAGAAAAGAAGAGGAGAGAAGAAAAGAGAAGUUUUUGUUCUGCAACCAGGACUUACCAAGUCCCCUUCUGGUUCAGGCUGCCUAAAAAACCUGACCUGAGCUCACCCCCAGACCAUCUGCAGCAGUUUGAUUGAUUUGACCAGCCUUACCAGCUCAGACCAGCUCCUCUCAGUCCAAACAGGCCCAGCAGCCUGACUGAAUUCUCUCCUCUCUUAACCCCAGCCGAUCAAAAUCUAACCAGUCUGCCGCCUUUAUGGAGCGUGUUCAGCACAUGACCAAGUCGGCCAUCCGCCGAGCGUCUCAGAUCGAGGUGAACCCACAAGCCAAGAGGAACCUGCAGGAGCUGUUUGUCAACUUCACCCUCAUCCUCAUCUGCCUGCUUCUCAUUUAUAUCAUCGUCCUGCUGAGCAGUUGAGAGCAGCGGAGCCACAGAGAGUUUGGCAAGGCUGUACUGUGGAAAAGGGUUUGGCUGAUAUAUGGGUUUUACUGAUAUGCACAGAUCCGAUUUCUAAAAUAGCAAUAAUUCCUAUCAUCCCUAUAUAUCAGCCUAACUCUGUUUGACAACAGCCAUGAAGAAAGAUCAUGGAGAUAAUAUGACUCCAUUGAAAAGAAUAGCGGCCAAACUCAGGGAUCAGCUUCCCUGCCUCUCUUUCUCAAGGGAAUAAUCCAAAGUGACGCGACUCCCAACAGUUUAAACUUCACGUGUAUCUGCCUGCUGCUCAUUCAGAUUAAUACCAUGCUUACAUUAUAAUGUGCUGAUUUUAGUCGAUUUACAAAGGACAGUGACUCCCUCCAUUCAAAACUUCCUGUACAAUGUCUCCUCCUUAAGAAAUAAUACGUGCAAUGCGUGUAAUCCUGAAACAUCAAUACAUCACUUCUGUUUAACUCCCAUUUCCCAUAAGCCCCGUUCCCUCCUGCAACAACCACCCCCACCACAAGGCGAAAGAUAAACAUGUUGAAAAUUGUUUUUUCCAUCAGCAAUUUUACUUCCUCCUUUGUCUGCCACUGCCAAAAACCCCAGACAGACAGACAGACAGACAGACAGGAGAAAGACACGUAUGUAGUGACAUCAGAUGUUUCUAUUUUGAAAUGUGAAUGCUGCCAUCUUAGCGGUCACCAGAGCCUAAAAACCCAAAUCUGGCAAAGAGAAACUGGGACAGGAAAGCAGCAAACUUUUGAAACUUUUAUGUAUUGCAUAAAUAAAAACAUAGGGUGAUAGGUAAACUAUGAAUCCCAAGAUGCAUUGUGGAAAUAAACAUCAAAUCACCCAGCAGAGGUAAAAAAUGACGCUGUUAUGAAAUCUGAUGAUACAACCAGCAGCAUAAAUGAAUUGAAUUCUUCGGAUAAAUUCAGUAACUUUGGUGUUGGAAUGAAGAGGUUUUAAUUUUGUUACCUCUCCUAUUCGCAGCUCCUCUAGCUUCUUCUCCAUAGUAAAAGCAGCUGAGACUCAUGGGUAUCGUAGUAUUUGGAGCCCUCCGUCCGGCCAUAAUAACAGAUAAAACAUCAUUUUCUCAGAAACAAAGCUGAAGUUAUUACAACUGGAAAAGUCAAAUUUGACCCGUCUACAUCACACAAUUUAUUCAAAGAUGAAUGACUUUUGAACUAGUGUCAAGAAAAUUGAUAGCAGCCAUGCAUACUCAUAGUUCUGUAACAUGUUUGACAUUACAUUCAAAUAGUCUGAAUCGUUCUUGCUUAACAUACUGUAUAUAAAUAUAAUACGCAGAGCUCAUUCUACGUACUGUUGGCCUUUAGAGUAUUUGAAGUAUAGACUGAGUUUAUCUUACCUGCAUGUGUUUCUGAUGGGCUACAUGUACAUUUCAGCCACGUAAUUCACUAUAGGAAGUAUGGACGAUUCAGUGUGGAAGUGCUGAGUGCAAAAAGAAAGCUUUAAACACGCCUCACACAACCUCUGAUAUAUUAGGCCUGAUAUAUACAGUACAUGCAGUUUAUCGGUUUAGCUGUGAAGAAAACUUUACUUUGCAUGGUGUGAUAUCAUUUAAUGACUGUUUAUGACCUUUAAGUUCUGUUUCUGUUUAGCUAUUAAAACUAUUACUGACUAAUGCUGAUAUUUUUGGUUAAUUAUAGCACAAGUGCCCUCAAUGUGGUAGCAGAUGUGUAGAAACAACUGUAAAGCCAGAUUCCUAAAGAUGUGCAUUCUGAAGUCCGCAAGAAUCUAAUACAAUUUUACCAGCCACAUUUACAUAUAAUGCAUCUUCACUAUAUUUGCCAUUAAUUGAAAAUGUAAGAAUAUAAAUUACAUUUGCAAUUGUUUUUUUGCCCUUUUAUGUAUGUUUGAAAGAUUGUACCACCUGACUUUUAAACUACACACAACCAAAUAAAUUGCAUGACAAAAACA